AACCGACAUUUACCAGCGCUAACUUGGCCAGAACAGAAGCUCAGCGGAUCUAAAAUUUCCAAUUACCAAUUCCAAUUUCGGGAUCUAAGGAUUAACACAAGUUGCUGGCUGCCUUUAAAAUCCGUAUCUGUAUCUGUUAGCCAAACCAUCAGUGUGAAAACGUGUGUCGGUGUGUGUGUACACUUCGUUAACUGGAAGAGGAAACUGGAACUGGAAUCGCUGGUGUUCUGGAAGCAGCGAGUCUCUUCGUCAUUCUUGGCUUCUUCGGCUUCUUGGACAACGAUUCCCAUUCCCGACUUCUUGGCGGACAUUCGCGGCUGCGUGAUAUUGGCCUGAUCAGUUGAGCGAUCAGUCGACAACGAAGGCUUGCAGUGAACGCGACGUGAAGUGCUAAACUCCAGAACUCCAAACUCUAACCACCACCUCGAACGCGCGUCCUCAAAAACGCUGAGAACCCGAUUCGUAUUCUCCGAUCGUCGCCAGUGGCAAUCAGAUAGUGCUUCGCGCUCCUAACAAUCCAACCACCCGAAGAAAAGAUGGCCAAAAUCGUACUCUUCUGCCUGCUGAGCCUCUUGGCAUGCGCUGCAGGUCAACGCAUUACGACAAUUCACCUGGAUGGAGUGCAAUACUUUAUCAGCCGAAUGAAUCCCUAUUCCCCGGAGCUUAACUACUUCCUGGCCUAUCAGUAUUGCCGUUCUCUGGGCCUGCAGUUGGCCUCCUUUGAGACGAAGGAGAAGGCCGAGUCGAUGACCACGUAUCUGAAGAAUGCCGGUUACGGCAACUACGAUUUCUGGACCUCCGGCAAUCGCCUGGGCACGGGCAUGUUCCUAUGGAUGAGCACUGGUCUGCCGUUCAAUGCCACUUUUGAUUUCUUUGAGAACUCGGCGGACGCCAUUCAGGCCGGUCUGCUCGAUCCCGUUGAUCAUAAUAGCAACACCUCCCCCCAGCGCACCGCUCGCGACAGCAGCAGUGGCGCCGAGAAGGGAUGCGUGAUCCUGAAGCAGCCCACGCUCAAGUGGAUGCCCGAGGACUGCUCGGCCGUUAAGGACUUCAUCUGCGAGCAGACCCGCUGCUACUAUUACAACUAUGGCAGCAUCCCCGUCUCGUCGGCGCAGGGACGUCCCAUCACCUCGACAACCCCAAGGACUCCUGCCUCACUGAUGAACCUGCAUGUUGCUGCCACCACCACUCCUUUGCCCCUGUUGAUGUCCACCAGUGGAGCCAUGUACACCGCUGCCAAGGCCAAAUCCUCGCCAGGUGUGGGCCAUCGGCUGAUUGAUGAUUCCAGCUCCCAGCAGCAACCCUCUUUUAUGUCCUUCAAACUGAACCAUGAUCGUUCCCUGCCCGAUACGGAUUCCGCUGAUGUCGAUGUUGACGACCAGGAAACCGAUGUUGAGCCCGAGGAGCACGACGACCAUGAGGCUGAGGGAGAAGGCGACGAGGAGCAUGAAGGCGACAACUUUGGAGAACAUGCUCGUGAAUUGGGCAACGACAGCGAUGGCGACAUCAAGGAACAUGUUUUCCCUCUGAGCGACAACGAACUCCAUCCCGAGAUGCAUUCCAUUGAGGAGGUGCAGCAACAGUUACAGCAACAGGAUCACGAUUCGGAAACGGAUUCGGCCCCAGCUCCAGCUACGGCUGAGGAAAACGAGAGUUCCCAACAUGAUGCUGAGGCGGAUGGGGAGCACGAUCUGGAAGCUGAAGGUGAAACCGAGUCGGAGAACGAGUCCCCAGUAGCUCCCGUUCAGGUCAACGAACCAUUGGCCCUACCCAGCUCCACGGAAUCCCCAGCUGCCGCUAUCGAGGAGCGCAUCAAGCAGAUUGCCCAAGACUUCCAGAAAAUGGCCAGCUCCCAGGAGCUGCAGCAGCCCAAGGAGGAACUGACACCCCAAUCGUCCCUGUCCCUCAACGAUCUGAUACGCACCCUGCGACCCAACGAACAGCAGAUCAUCCCACAAAUCGACUCGGACUACUCGAAUGCCAUGCGUGUCCUGGGCAAGCCAUUGGCGGCCAACAACUAAGCAUGUCCCCGUAGAAGCCACUAGCCUAAGUUGUGUGUGUAUGUUUGGGUCGAGGAGGUUAUCUAAUUGGGUAUCCGGGUUCCACUGAGGAAUGAACAUUUUCGAUAGCCGGCCGGACAUGUCCGAAAAUGACGCUUCUCUCUGAGGACCUCGAUACCAAGCGAUGACCCCGCUAAAACUAACGAUCCGGCAAGAGAGAUUAAAGGAGCUAAGACAUUAAUCUAUAUAUAAAUAUAUAUGUAUUGUAUGCUUUAAUUGUAUGACAACCACCACAAAAAAGGAAACUCUUGAUUAAUAAACGUAAUAAGUAAAUAA